AACGACAAAAACGUCAAGGUGACUUCAGAAUGGUGUUUAGGGAAGUUACAGGUGGAACAGGAAGCUUCGUCGAUGACUGCCAUCCUGUAACUUACCAGUCGUGAAACCAUGUUUCCAGUAGACCUUCCAGCUGUGAGUGACACUGACCUGAGAUCAGCAUCUGAAGUGUACCUCUCUUCUUUGGAGUCAAGACCUCAUAAUGAUGAGUGGUUUCAAUUAUCACAUACUUCAAAGGUAGCGAUAACAGCAAACAAUGUAAGGUGGAUGCAGCUGUUUGAAGGUGACCAACCCGCCUGUUUACUGCUGGCACUUCACCCUCCUGAUGAUCCAACACAAGUGGUGGCUUUAUACCUGCAUGAGAAGUGGUGGAGUGUGGAUAACAUCUUACGAACGUCCAGCAAGUCCAGAAGUGGUCUGAUUUCGGUGCAGUCCAUCAUGGAGAGGGUGAUUGUGUUCCUGCUCAGUCAGGUAGUGGAGAGGUCCUCACGGGAGGAGGUGUUGUUCUCUCUGCACCCCCGCACAGAGAGCUGCAAACUGUUGUGGAGAGACAGCCAGGCGGUCGGCUUCUACACUGUCAAACACAAAGGUAGUCUGUGUGACAGCUGGAGCAGUAGCUGCUACCUGCUGCCUGUACUGGACACAGUGCUAGUGAGGAGGAGCUGGAGGAGGAGAGGCUUUGGUCUUCAGAUGCUGGAAGAUUUCUGUUCCUCGUUCUACACAGAGAAGUUUCUGGGAGUCAGCUCACCAUUGUCACCCAGCAUGGCGGCAGUAUGUAGGAGUUUCCUGCAGCAGCAUAAGGAACAUCUGGAGCAUCUGUAUGAGGUGGAGGCUCCAGGGGACUGGGCUCAACGAAGAAACAUCUGGCUCAACAUCCAACUAGGCCGCUAUUCCCUCGGUAUUAAGGAGGACAGAAGGUCAACAUCAGAAGAGACACAAAUGAAUGAAGAUGACUCCUCUCAGAAGAUUUACAAUUGUAGACCAGACCUGACCCCACUGAGCAGCUGUAAUGUGAACAGUCCGCUGGUAAUAGGCUUUUCUGUACAAGUGAAACCUUCUGAUCAUAGCCAAGGAGGAUGCUCCCCAAGCAGCAAGAUCUCUGGAACAGGAUGUAUUCCUGCAGCCUACAUUAAUGAUCUGGACUCUGGAUCUCCCACCAGACUAGCACAGUCCCUAAACACAAAACAAGCUCUUAAAGCCAAGCCAGAGUCAGAGGAAACACAAACAAGUGCCAAACGAGUCAGAAAGACAUGAGGAUUCACACACAGCCAUUGUGUGCAACAGCAGGAAGUGUUCAUACACAUUAUGUGGAUGCUCUAUCUGUUGAACGAAGGUGACCUUUACACUGUAUUUAUGAAAUGAAGUUUACAGACCAUUUUAGACUGAUACAUGAAUACACUAAUAGUGCAGUACAAUGCAAGUUCUAUUGCAAAGCAUGCAAUAAAUUAUUGUAGUAGUGUGUGUGUUUUUCUGUGUUACCCACUAAAUGGAAGUUGUUGUUUCCUUUUUGAUUUGGAGGAAAAGUGCACAAGAUUUAGAGGGAUUUAGUGGUGUCUAACAGUGAGGACUGCAGAUUGAAACCAGCAGAAACUUCUACUGGUUAGAGUUCCUUCAGUGCCCAUCGUUCAGGAGGUUUUUACCGGGAUUGGAAUUAUCCACAGAGGUCUUUUCCUCUCCAAAACAAACAGAUCCUGACAGAUCCAAUAGAAAGACUGAAUAAAGCAGUUUCACGUUUCAAACCAU